AAAAAGUGUCCCGCCUGAAGCCCACCCGGAGGAGUUUCACAUCGCAGCGGCUCCAGAGGAAGGUUUGCGUCUAAAAUGAAGUUUCGGGGGAAGAUCGUGGACGUCGCCUGCCUGAACCACUUCACCCGAGUCGUCACCACCAUCUCAAAGCUGACCAAGAUGUGCGUCCUGCGACUAACUCCAGACAACCUGUUCUUCGUUCUGUCUGAGAAAGUGGCCAACGGAGGAGUCAGCAUGUGGUGCGAACUGUCGCAGGCCAACUUCUUCGAUGAGUACCAGAUGGAGGGCGUGUCCCCUGAGGACAAUGAGAUUUGUCUGGAAGUGACUCCGGAGAACCUGUCCAGAGCCCUGAAGACGGUCCAGAGCGCCAAGUCAGUCAAAGUCAAACUGACCAAGAAGCACUGCCCCUGCCUCACCAUCGCCGCCGAGCUGCCCACCCUGUCCAGCACCAGUCGAGUCGUCACUCACGACGUCCCGGUCGACGUCAUCCCCCGGAGACUCUGGCAUGAAUUCAGAGAGCCGAGCGUUCCGGACUUUGAUGUCAGCAUCUACCUGCCGCCUCUGAAGACCAUGAAGAACGUCGUGGACAGAAUGAAGAACCUCUCCAACUUCCUGGUGAUUGAAGCCAACCUGAACGGAGAGAUGAACCUGAAGAUCGAGACAGACCUGGUUUCUGUGACGACUCACUUCAAAGACCUGGGAAACCCUCCGUGGGGCGAUGACGCCUCUCAGGGCGGUGGUCCGUCUCAGAGCAGAGACCAGGACAGCAUGGCGGAGGCCAGAGUGGACGUCAGGCGGCUGCAGCAGUUCCUCAUGGGACAGCAGGUCAACCCCAGCAAGGCCAUGUGCAACAUCGUCCAUCAGAGGGUCCUCCACCUGAUUCUGCUGCAUGAAGACGUGUCGCUGCAGUAUUUCAUCCCCGCCGUGGCGUAGGUGCGCCGCAGGCCGCUCGGGUUGUUUUUCUGCUCGCUGUGGGCUUGAGGAAAAGAUUUGGUUUCGGGCGUUUCCCCACAUGCCAAAGGAGUCGUCCCUCAGGUGGAGACCCGCGAGGCCAAACUCAAGGCGUCUGUCCUGCAGUUUAAAUCAUCUUGUGAAGUCGGUUCGAGUCCCGACGGAAGACUUCACCGGCUGACUUUUGGUUGGAGCGAAGUCAUGCUGACAAAUGCUCAUUUAUCAGAACAAAUGUGACAGUUGAAAUCAAAGUUGCACAUUUAUUA